AGCGUCAGCGCGGGUAAACAAAUCGGGCGCUAACGUCAAACAUCGGACAUUUCUCCCAAAGAAGAUCGUUUGCUUAGUGUAUGGAAGCGCGUUUGGUUGCUGAAAUCCGUUCCGUUUUCCAUCAUUUCCGUGCGAACCGUUCCGUUACCCGUGCCAAACGACAGCUAGUGCAUGUGACCAACGUUUAGUGGCUUGCCAAAACCACACACAAAUGCGACACUACUGAGCAAACGCUUCGUCCAUGUUUGACUAGCUGCAAUGCAAUAGAGAGCGAGAGAGGGAGGGUGUGUGUGUGUGCGCCGUCGUCGUUGUCGUUUUACUUAGUGGUACUAUUGGGAACUGUAAUCAUUGCUAAGUAAACCAUUCGUGUGCACUGUAAUGACACUGUUUUGUUUUUCGUUUCCACAAUGCGUUCCCUCGCAAACUAACCGCCACCCCGAAUGAUCCAUAUCGCAACGGAGCAGACACACACACACACACACGUAUCGCACGACCGACAGGGGGGUUUUGGGACCGUCCGGAUUCCCGGAUGACAGGCGCCGUCCUCCUGAACGGAUAACAGCGAAGCCUCUGCAGCACUCAACAUGCACAGCUCAACCAUGAUGCCGAAGGCGUCCUGUAAAAACCCCAAAAAUCUGUUCUGCUUCGUGUGCGGUCUGUAUAUACUGUCGCACCACAAGCGAUCGAUCAUGACGCGUCCGCUGCUGGAAGCGUACGAAUCCUAUUUUAAGGUGCGCACCAGUAGAGAGAAUUACCUGCAGGGACCACCGUCCGUCUGCAACGUGUGCAACAAUGCGCUGCUGCGGUGGAAGAACGGCAUGUGCCCGAAGCCGGAGCUACCGUUCGCGAUCCCGAUGCUGUGGAGCCAACCGACCGAUCAUGCCACCGAUUGUUACUUCUGCUUGACACGCACCGCACCGGCAGGCGGGAAGAGGAACGCACUCAACCCGGCAGCCCCAGUCGAGUAUCCCAUACUGCGAUCCGCCAUACGGCCGAAGCUGUUUGCAACGCGCACCACCCUUGUCCCGCAAAGUGUGGCGCCGGUGCAGCGCCGGAUCAGUGCACCACCGUCGGGGAAUAACGAACAGCAUAGCAGUGUAUCGGCCGCUAACAUUCGCACCUAUCCCGGCCAGGCCGUGAAGCCGAACGAGCCACCGUCGCCGGUCGUGAAUGGAGUGCUGCAACCGGUAGGGGUGCGCAUUCUACCGACACAGAAAAUUACGAUUCCCGGUGCUGUUGCGGCCGCGAAGUGUCCGCCGACCACCGUCGGCACGUUGAAGCGUAAGAUCGAACCGGAUCCCGGUACGUUCCCCAUGACGUACGGCAUGACGAAGGUUCGGCUGCGCAACUCCGAACCAACGAUUGUGCUGGAAAAGUGCAAAAAGCUGCUGCCCUCGAAUUCGUCCGCAAUUAUACGCCGCCCGAUGACACCGAACAGCGUGAAUGCGCCGCGCAUAUUGAACGUGUUCUCGCUCAACAAGGAUGCGGCCAACUGUGCUUCCGAAUUGCCCGCUGUCCGUCUACCAGACACAAAACCACCACCGACCCCGCCACUCGUGACGCCUCCCAUGCCACCGGAAGCAUUCGUUAAGAUCGAAAUUGAAGACGACGAGGAUGAGGAUGUUGCGGAGGGAACGGAUACGCCACCGGACGAAUCCACCAUGCAGCUCGAUCCUGCCACGGGUGUGCUGCGCAAAGUGAGACCAAAAAUCGAACCGAAAGAACCGGAAACAACCGCCGCACCGAAGCCGAGUGGCGUAAAGCUUGAGGCGCAGGACAGCACACCGCAGCUGGUCGUCCGUGGAAAGCUGGGCUUCAUCAAUGUGAAAGAUAUGGCAACGCCGACCGGCACCGGUAAUAAUACGAUCAAAAUCAAAGUGUCCUCCUUCCCGGAUGCAGCGGCUUCCUCCGCGCCGAAAGCGGUGCCCGCCGCUACUGCCGUCCUAAAGGAGGAGGUGGCCGCCUCGCCGAAAAAAAAAGUGCCACCAACCGCACCGUCGAGGUAUUGCUUCAUCAACAUGAAAGAUAUGCCCUCCGUUUCGGCAAACAGUGUUGAGCGGACGGUCAAAAUUACGCCAUCCCUCGUCACCGGCCAGCAACAGUCGACCGAUAGUGCGGUUGCUACGGCAGGCGCUAGUACCGAGGAAAGCAGCAGCAGCAGCAGCAGCAGCAAAUCUCCACCGACCGACCAGGACGAUGGCCCGCAUCGUAUCACACAGUCGGAGCUGAUACUGCUGCUGCGGGAGCUUGAGCUGCCGAAGGAAAAGUCGGCCGUUUUGAUCGAUCGUCUCAAACGAUGGAAUCUGCUUGCGAUCGAGAUGGUGGGCACGAAUCGGAACCGAUCGAUCGAACCGCCACAACAAACUCCCGUCUCAACGGCGGCGGCCGCGCCAGCAACAUCAACCCCACCAUCAUCCACCCCUUCAUCAUCAUCACCAGCAGCGAGUUCGUUACCGGUCACAACGGUCACAACCAGCAUGAAGGAGAUUCAGAUGCGCAACACCCGAUCGGUCCACAGACAGUCCACCGGUCCUCCGAUCAUCACCACCAGCAGCAGCACUAGCAGCGGUCGCACCAACACCACCACCAGCAAACCGGCGGCCACCGGUCAAAAUGGUGGUGCGCCAGCAAAACCGACCGCUGCAAUCGGUAAGGUUGUGGCUGCUGCUGCAGUAAAGAGUGAGAAAAGUGUACCACCACGUCGUCAGGCCGCCGGUGCUGCUGCUGCUACUACUACUACCACCACCACUACUGCCGGCACGGAAGCGAAGGUCCCGCAGCGUGGCACCAUCACGACACGCAGCGCAACCGGUGCAAUCGUCAAGCAGAACGUUGCCAGCCCGAGGGUAAAGUAAUGGCCACACCACUAGCACACGCACGCACGCACGGAAGAAUUCGAAUAAUAUUAAUAAUGUCGAUCGUUUGGAGCUUUAAAUUGUUUUAAAAAUGCACACACAAAAAAAAAUCAGAAUCGUUUCGGUUUGAGAUUCUAAUAGCUUACGAAAAGAAAUCCUAUUUUUAAGUUAACUCCCGUUUCCUUGACAACGGUGUCCCAAGGAUUUAGAUGUGUAAGGAUAGGUGUAAAUAGGAGACAAAGCAAAACAAAAAAAAACCAGGGACCCAGAGUGUACAGAAAAAGGACAAAAAAAGUGUCCUUAACCAUUCAAGCGAGAAGGCACUGCUUUGCAGCUUCCGGUCUCUAAGCAGAACGGAUUUUAAAGCAUUGACAUCGUGAUGCAAAUUUUCUUCUAAGUAGGUCUUAAAGUCUUUGAGGAAACGUUUUUUGAGUGUUUUUGUUUUUUUUUCUUCAUACAACCAGUACAGUCCUUAACUUGUGUUCAAGUUAUAAUCAGCUCAAUCGUCCAAUACCUCGUAGUGAGUUGACUAUGUGUGGCGUGCGGCAUAAUAGGUUUGUAAGUAAUUGUGCAUAUAACAAACUGAACACUACGUCUGGAUGAAUAAACGGCCAACCUGUUUUCCUUCGCUGCUGAUGCUGCGAGCGGAGAGUGAGAUAUGAGAA